CCCAAGCGUGAAGAAGCUCCUUAACGGAUCUUAUGCUAUAUUAACAUAUAUAAAAGUUGCUGACUUUGAUUUAAGUAUAUCAUGCAUCCCACCGAUUUAUAUACUAAGUGAGGGCACUUGACACUUUAUACAGGAGUACUAGAUUGGAUUUAUGUCAUUCUUGAACGUAAAUAACAAAAAACAUUUAAGUAAGAAGGUCAGAAGGAGACUGGAAGUAGCUAGCUUUAGAUGUACACAAAGUGGGUGUUUAUAUUGAAUGCAGAAUGUAGAAAAAUUGAGGUGAAGAGCAAUGGGAUGCACAGCUUCAUCUAUGUACAAGAUUGCAAGGAAGAAAAAGAAGAACAUUCCUCUAGUUACCAUCUUUGUCCCGCCAUUGCGCGUUCCGGUCCAGUCUGAUGAUGUUCCCAAGAUGCUUAGAGGCUUAAUCCCAAAACAUCUUGUGGAUAAGAUCACUUCGCUUCGCAAUCAAAUUGUUUUUGUUGCACAAGAUACUGGUGGAAAUGCUGUACAAGAAUUACAGGGAGCGCUAGAGGAGUACUUACCACUCAUUGUUGGUCUCACUAAGAGAGAAAAUGGUGUCCGAGAACUUGUGGAGUUCAAGUGGAAGAAUAUAGAAGAUGGGAAACAUGUAUGUGUCAAGGACUCGUGGUUCGAAUUACUUUCUGUUGUCCAUAUGAUGGCUACCUUGACAUUGAGAGAGGCCAACUCGAAACUGAUUUCAAAGGAUCCAACUUCUGACAGGGUUGUUACGUCAGAUAGCAUGAGUAAUGCUGUUGAUUUACUGCUCAAGGCUGCAGGCUACUUGGAAUUCUGUAUGAGGGAUGUUCUCGUGCACAUACCAGCGGAUAUUAAGAGCAAGAUGCCAGGAGAUCUGCAGGAGGAUGUAAUAGGGGCUAUGUCAAUUCAAGCACUAGCGCAGGGAACUGAAAUGCAGCUUGGUUUAGCUGUUGAAAAUAGAAAUGCCACUUUACCUGUUAAGAGGAGGCUAGCUUGUGAACAACUAAGCUACUUAGGACAGGCUCAUUUUCCCCUGUCAAAAUGUAUUGACAAUGGCAAUAGAAAGAAGCAUCUGCUGUUCAUCAAGUGGAAAUACCUUGAAGCCAAGGCUGCGGCUUACUAUUACAAUGGCCUGAUCAUGGACAAGGGCACCAAUCCUUCUUGCCACACUACUGCUGUGUGCUGCUUUCUUGCUGCAGAAGAACUUUUAACUGAGAGCAAGAAGGCGUGCUUAAACUUUUGCUUAGCCGUGCCAAUAACCAGGACUCCUCCGCUUUGGGGUGCAAUGAAGCAUCUAAGCAAGAAAAUUCCAGAAACUGCAUUUAAGAAGUCACAGAUGUAUGGUUACCUUUUAGAUCAGGAGAAGGGACUACAAGGUGUUCCUGAUCUUCCAGAAUUUGAGUUGUCACUAAAACCCGAAGAGUAUGAACUGCCAGAGAUGAAUGAAGCAUGGGAUAGAGAAAAGUGGGAAAUUCCAGAUCAAACACUAAAGGAGCACCUUAUAGAUAGUGGAGAUGAGACGGAAAGUGAUUAAUGCUGGCUCUCUUCUCAUUCCCUUGUCAGACCCUUUAACAUCGAAGGUAAACUACAGAUUCUAUUUUCCUUGUUAUUCCAACUCAUCUGGAUUUGUCUCGAGGAGAGUCUGCAUUCUCAUAAACAAAAUGAGAAUUACUUUGCAAAUUUCUGUGUAUUAAUUGGAAAGCCCAUAAACAGUUGUUUGUAUAUAAUUUUUGCAAAUAGAGUACAAGAUACUAGCAAAGAUUUACUUACUAAAGACAUGUACAUAUGUGUUUUAUACUAUGACCUGAAAUUCAAA